UGUUAGGUUUUUUCACAAAUCAUGAUGUCAUUGGAAAACCACUCAGUACCAAGAUUGAAGAAUCAAGGGGAUUGCAAGGUUUCUCUUUUAGAUUUACCUGAUGAACUUGUGGAUUGCAUCCUCAAGUGUCUUUCACCACAAGAUUUGUUUAGGGUAGCACAAGUGUGUACCCAUUUGAGGAAUAUUAGUAGAAGGGAUCAUUUGUGGGAGAAACAUGUGGAACAAAAAUGGAGCAGGUUGCUAGGUAAUGAUGCUUACCAUGAAUGGGAGUAUCAUACAACAAAAUAUAAGGAACUAUUAGUGGAUCGGAAUCUGAGCGACUCAUUAGGAACUACUAGUGGUAAUUCUUCAUUUCAACGAAUUCAUUCUUAUUUGAGAAUCAAUAGAUCCAUGACUGAUUUGAUUAAAAAUCAUUCAAAAAUGGCUCUAUAUAUUUUUCUUGAGACUGGCCGUUUCUGGUUUCCUGCUCAAGUUUAUAAGGCGACAUUGUUAACAUUACACUGUUAUGAUGCCAUUGUUAGUUAUGAUUCUAGAACAGACACCUUUCAAACAAGGUGUCCAUAUGGCAGAAAGCGAUUGAUUGAGAGAGAUAUUUCCUGGGAUAUGUUGAGAAUGCCACCGCCAAAGACUUAUUUAGUGGAUUAUUAUGAGUAUAACGAUCUGAAUAAUUUGAAACCAGGAGAUCAUAUCGAGAUUCAAAAGAGAGGGAGGAGAUUAUUCCCUAUUUAUGAUUGGGCGCAUGCUGUAGUUUGCCAUUUGGAGUCAUGUGACCAGGAUGUCAACCAUUGCUCAUGCAAAGAUAGUGACAUUUUGGUCAUGGGGUUUUCCAGAUGCAAUUUCCACUUGGAAUAUUCAUUGAGUAAAUCAACGAAACAUGCAGAAGCAUAUAGAGAAUUCAACUUUCUCAAUGGAAUCAGAAAACUUGACGAGGAGGAGAUUGAAAAGUGGAACAACGUCAUUUUGACUAGAAAUAAUAGGUUGGCGCCUAUUGAAUGAGUAGAGUACUAUGCUAUUUAUGGGAAAAAACAUGUUCAAACAAUUCAGCAGAGUUGUGCAUGAUGAUGUGAGACACAACAUGGAUGUAUGACAAAUGUAACUUGUUUAAUGUUGUAAUUUUAUUUCUUUAUUUACAAUAUUAUGGAGUUGUGCUGCAGAGUCAAAUGCUAUUUGACAUGAUCUUAUUCAAUCCAACUAUGGGAUGGUUAUACUCUUUGUGGUGGCGAUAUAGGUCAUCACACGUAGCACCAUUACAAUGUCUUCAUAUAGGUUAUCAAUAGGUACAUAUCUAAACAGUUGCAGUUCAUACAACAUUCUCAAAUUUACAAGAAGAAAAACCCCAACCUUUUCAAGUAUAUAUUCUGCAAAAGGAGCGAUGGGUGCUCGAGUGAUUCAAUGCAUGACAUUCUAAUAUUUGAGUUAAUUUCCCUAUAGCGAUGCACAAAUAACCUGGUAAAUAUCUUGCUCAUCAUCUCCUCCAACAGUGUUAUUUUCUUCUCUUCAGUAUCCAAAUGUUUACCAAGCAUUAUUAGCAAUAGUUUUUUUGUUUUGUUGGUACAAAGCAAUAGUUAUAUAUGUGACCAAUGAAAGACCCUUAUAUUUUAAAUCAAAUGCAUCACGCAAUCUUUUAAGUUAGAUGUUUAUAGCAAGUUUUUUUUAAAGAAUGUUUGUAACAAGUUAGUCUUGUAAAUGAUUACAAUUUUAUAGAUUAAAAGGACUAACUUGCUAAAAAAAAACAUAAAGACUAACUUACUACCGACAUCUAACUUAACAAUACAAAAUGUUUUUGAUCGUUUAAACAAGUUCACCUCAUUUGGAUGUUGUAAAGCACAUAAUGCAACAUUAGAAAAGGAGGAAAAGGCUUAGCCCAACAAAACAUAACAAUGAAAAGGUGAUAUUGAAGCCAAUUCAAAGGAAGAAUUUUGUUAUAAACUGAUUAAUCUUUUAAAAACAUUACACAUACAAUUCAUUUAAGUUGGUCUAAUGGUUUUGACUUAUGACCUUAGAGUGUAUUUCUUUUAAAGUCUUAAGUUUGAUUCUUUUGUUGUCAAUUUCGAUGGAUAGGUCCAUCCAACUUUAAUUGACCCCUCGCAAAUGGACGGUAAAAUUGAACUUCUCAAAUUAUUCGAUUUGGAUAUCGAGUUAUAAAAAAAAAAAAUUACAUAGAGAAGAGAACAAGACCAAAAACUUUGAUUA